GUCAGACAGCAUCCUGUCACAAGCAGUUGGCCGAGGAGGAACUGCCUCAACAAGAAGACAGUAUCUUUGCAGGCAAGAAACCAAAAUAAAAUCUCUUCUAGAAUGUCAAGCUCUCUGGUUGUGUGCGAGGUGGAUGUGUGAAAGAAAAAUUGAAGAAGUUUAGAUUUUGAAAAGAGACCAACAAUGCAGCCAUCCUGAUGAAAAUUGACAUGGAGAAACAGCUUGUGAUCCUGGAGGAGGAGUAUGAGGACAUCUCCCUGGAUGACCUGAGGAAUGAACUUCCCGAGCGGCAGCCAAGAUUCAUUGUUUACAGUUACAAAUACGUCCAUACAGAUGGCAGGGGGUUCUACCGACUGUGUUUCAUAUUCUCAAGUCCAGUGGGGUACAAGCCUGAGCAGCAAAUGAUGUACGCAGGCAGCAAGAACCAACUGGUCUCCGCAGCAGAGCUCACAAAGGUUUUUGAGACGCGAAACAUAGAUGACUUGUCUGAAGAGUGGCUGAUAAACAAAUUGUAUUUCUUUCACUGAAGAGACACUUGUGUUCAUGUAUUGAACAUACCAGUACAUUAACUUCAUUACUGGUUUGCAAUAAAUUGCUUAUAUUGUCA